AAAUGGAAGACUUGUGUUGGCUAAACCAGUACAUGUGUGGUCUCCUCCUCCUCCUGGUGCCCGUAGCCAGGUCUCCUUGAAGUGUUCCUGUCAUGGCUUCCAAAGUCAUACCUUGGUAUAAGAAGAAGCACCAGAGCCAAGUCAAAACUGACUAUGCUUAUCAUCACUCUAAACAUGUCGUCAAGGAGCAGGCGGACAGGAAAUUCACCUGUGUGUGCCAGAUGCAGGACACAGAGGGGGAACUGGCCUACACCAUACCGGUGUUCAGGCAGAGGACCGCUGAGGAGACUGAGGAGUACCAGAGAGUGACUACAAAAGUUGAGAAAGGACUGGCUAGUAUUCAGGAGGAGCUCCACAGAAUGAGGAUGGCCACUAAGGCCCAAGUGGACAGUCUCGCUAUCCAGAGAGAGGUGAAGGAGAUGAUGUACAGGAGGGUGUAUUUGUUGGAGGAAAUUCCCAGGACGCCUGAUUUCCUGGUGGCUCUGCGGCCCCACACCGUUUGGGAGAAGAUGCCUGUCAAACUGUUCUGCACAGUGAUGGGAAAGCCGAGACCCAUUGUCCAAUGGUAUAAAGGAGGCGUGCCCAUCAGCCCACCGAGCACCCCAGGAAAGUACAGGAUCGAAAGCAAGUAUGGAGUUCACAGUUUGAUCAUUAGCAGGUGUGCUGUAAGUGACACUGCCGAGUACAGUGCGGUGGCAACCAACCCGCACGGCACGGCUACCAGCAUGGCUACAGUUAUUGUGAAGAGACCAGCAGGAGCUGGGGAGUACUGCCAUCUCGGUCUAGUGCCCCAUCUGACUGACAUCCAUGCCAGUAAGCUGGAGGUCAGCCUGAUCGAUCGUUUCCAUGUGUCCUUUGGUGUGGAGGGCAGUUCCAUCAGUCUGGUGUGUACCAUGGCAGUCGUCCCCGACCUCCCCAACCUACCACCCUACGCCCAGUGGUACAGAGACGAUAAACUGCUGAAGCCAGGUAAGCUGGUGGAGAUGUCGGUGGGCGGAGGCGUGGCCCGUCUGACGCUGCCCCAUCUGGCCAAGGACGACGAGGGCCUCUACACCCUCCGCAUCUUUACAAAAGACGGCACUGCCGAGCAUAGCGCCUACCUGUUUGUCUCAGACGCCACUCCCACCACAGCCGGCGCCCCGGGUGCACCAAUGAGCGUAAAGGCCUAUGACAUCAACUCGGAGUACAUCCUGGUUGCCUGGAAACCCCCCAACAUCGUCAGUGAGGCACCAAUCACCGGAUACUUUGUGGACCGGUGUGAAGCUGGCAGCGACACCUGGGUCCAGUGCAACGAUGCCCCAGUGAAGGUGUGUAAAUACCCGGUGCACGGCCUGAGCGUGGGCCACUCCUACCAUUUCCGGGUCAGAGCCGUCAACAGCGCCGGCAUCAGCAGGCCGUCACGCAAGUCAGACAAAGUGACCGCCCUGGACGAGGCCGAGAGCGCAAGGCUGCAAGUGAUUAAAAACCAAGGAAAAUACGACGUAGUGUUCAAGGAUGACAAAAUGGAAGGCCUUGUAACUGUCCCAGGGGAGCCCACCGAUGUGCACGCAUCCGAGAUUUUCAAAUCGUACGUUGUGCUGAGCUGGAAGCCCCCCAGCCACCGUGGACGAGCUCCGCUGUGGUACAUCAUUGAGAAGUGCUUAGCAGGCACUGGAGCGUGGCAGCACAUCAACACAGCAGUCAAACUGCACUCCCCUCGUUAUCCGGUUUUUGAUUUGCAAGAUGGACAAACGUACCAGUUCCGAGUGUAUUCGGUCAACGUGCACGGCUGCAGUGAGGCCUCCGCGCCCUCUGAGCCCAUCCGGAAGGUUGAUGAGGAUGGCGUCCCCUCUGCUCCCGGUCAAGUUGUUGCCACCAGGAACACCAAGUCGUCUGUGUUUGUGCAGUGGGAGGCUUCCAAGCAACAGAAGAACCUCAUGGGAUAUUACAUCGACGGCCGGAUUGCUGGAUCCAAAGAGUGGUUUGCUUGUAACAACAAACCUUUCAAACACACCAGGUUUGUGGUGCACGGGCUGAUCCCAGGGGAGACCUAUGUGUUCCGUGUCCAAGCCGUGAAUGUCUUUGGCCUCAGCGAGGAGUCUGCAGAGUCCUCCCCCAUCUCUGUGGAGCCAGCCCUCGGCAGGGCGGAGGAAUAUGCGACCCCCAGCGCUCCCUACGGCAUCAGCAUGCUGAGCAGUGACGGCUCCUCCAUAACUUUGGCUUGGAAGAGUCCCAAACACCGCGGUGGCUCCAGGAUCAACGCUUACUACGUCGACAAGCGUGACGCCGAUGCUUUGGAGUGGCAGGAGGUCAACCUGGUUGCCACCACAGAGAGAGUCUGCACAGUUGGCAAUCUGACGGCGGGAACCUUCUACGAGUUCAAGGUCCAGGCCGGUAACCUGGCCGGUGUCGGUGUGCCAUCAGCUCCUAGCGCGCCGAUGAAGUGUGAAGCUUGGACCAUGGAUGAGCCAGGCCCACCUUACGACCUGAGCUUCAGUGAGGUCAGAAGUCACUCCCUGGUCAUCGUGUGGAAAGCUCCCGUCUACAGCGGAGCAAGCGCAGUCACUGGAUACUUUGUGGACAUGGUCAAGAGGGGCUCCUCCGACUUUGUCACCCUGAAUCAGGAAGCUGUGACCCGUCGUUUCCUGCAGGUGACUGGUCUGGAGGAAGGUGAAACGUAUGUGUUCAGAGUCCGUGCUGUCAAUGCCAAUGGUAUCGGGAAACCAUCUGAGCUGUCUGAGCCGGUCUGUGCCAGAGCUGCUCCAGGCACCAAGGAGAUUGUGGCUGGUGUGGACGAGGAGACCGGAGACAUCUUCCUGUCUCUAGAGGCCUGUGAGGUCUGCGCCACUUCCGAGUUUGAGUGGUCGAAGAACUACAGACCUGUCGCCGACUGCCCCAGGGUCACCGUCAGCACCAAGGGCAGAACCUCCAGACUGACUUUCACCAACCCUGACAAGGAUGAUUUGGGCAGAUACUCUGUGGUUGUCACCGACACAGACGGAGUGUCUGCCAGCCACACUCUGACUGAGGACGCACUGAACACCAUGCUGGAGCUCAGCCAUGCCAUCAGAAAUCCAAUUGUUCCUCUGAAACAUGGCCUGAACUAUGAGAUUUUGGACAAGGGUCAAGUGCGUUUCUGGGUACAGGCCGUCAAACUGUCCCCAUCCAUGUCCUACAGGUUCGUCUUUAAUGACCAGGAGGUGAAGAGCGGGGAGGGUUACAAGAUCAGCCACGACGUGUCCUCAGGAAUCAUCCAGAUGAUCGUGGAGAACUUCACCAGAGCUCACGAGGGCACGUACACUGUACAGAUCCAUGACGGCAAGGCCAAAACCCAGAGCUCCCUGGUCCUGGUGGGAGAAGUGUUCAAGGCUGCUCUGAAGGAGGCCGAGUUUCAGAGGAAGGAGCACCUCAGGAAGCAAGGUCCACAUUUCUCUGAGUAUCUGUACUUCACUGUCACUGAGGAGUGCACCGUUAUGCUCGCCUGCAAGGUGGCCAAUGUGAAGAAGGAAACGACUUUCCACUGGUACAAAGAGGACGAGGAGAUCAUUCCCGAAACUCCCCCCAACGUCAUGUCUGGAGCCUGCGCUCUUCCCAUCCGACAGUUCUCCAGAAAAGACCAGGGGGUGUACAAGGCCGUGCUCAGCGACGGCAGAGGGAAGGACACGUCUGUGUUCGACAUUUCAGGCCAAGUGUUUGACGACAUCAUCAAUGCGAUUGCAAAGAUUGCUGGUGCUUCUGCCUCGGAGCUGGUGCUGCAGUGCACGCCAGAGGGCAUCAGGCUGCAGUGCUACAUGAACUACUACACGGAGGAGAUGAAGACCGUCUGGAAACACAGGGAGAGUAAGAUCGCCUCCUCGGAGAAGAUGAGGAUCGGCGGCACCUCUGAGAUGGCCUGGAUGCAGAUCUGUGAUCCGUCUGACAGGGAGAAGGGUCACUAUGCCAUUGAGAUCUCAGAUGGAGUCAAGACGCACGUCAGGACAUUCGAUCUCUCUGGACAAGCGUACACCGAAGCCUGUGCAGAGUACCAGAGACUUAAGGCAGCCGCAUUUGCUGAGAAGAACCGCGGCAGAGUGAUGGGCGGUCUGCCCGACGUGGCCACUAUUAUGGAAGAGAAGUCCCUGAGUCUGACCUGCAACGUGUGGGGCGACCCGACCCCUGAGGUCACCUGGUUCAAGAACGAGCAAGAGGUCGCUUCCACUGAGCACACCAAGGUCAUGUACGACGGCGGCAGGUUCGCCAGCAUGGUCAUCAACAAAGUCACCCCAGAGGACUCCGGCAAGUACAGCAUCAACGUGAGGAACAAGUACGGCGGCGCGGUUGUUGAGAUCACCGUCAGCGUCUACAAGCACGGCGAGGUGAUUCCCGAGGCCAAACUGGGAGCGCCCAAAAUGGCCACGCCUGUCGUCACACCUGCAGCCACACCUGCGCCAUCAAAGUCCCCAGCUCCUCUCUCCAAGACCCCAACUCCUACUCCGUCUAAGGUCCAGACCCCAGUGCCCAAGUCUCCACCCCCGACUCCCAAGUCUCCAACCCCAACUUCAAAGUCUCCGACUCCACCUCGUGGCAUCAAGUCGCCCACCCCGCCUAGAUUCAUGAAGUCUCCGACCCCACCGAGGAAGUAAAGGGCGAUGACAUCUGAGGGGGAAAUGUUCGCUGUUAGCAGCGUUGCUUUGUAGCAUGAGUGUGAAACCAUGAGCCGCUCCUUUAACAAGUAGUUUAGACGUAGUUACAGUUGAAGUCCAGCUUUUACAGAACAGGAUGCUAACGUGGACUUUUACAGUCGCUACUAUCAUAGAUGUCUUUUUGUGAUAUUACAUCUGUCAGCUGCUCACUGUGCUUUGAACACAGGUGGGAAAACUUUUAAAACAGGCCAGGGUAGAUGUUAAUGUUCAGUGUUUGAAAAGAUGCACCUUCCACUGCGCGGUGUUAGUGGAACACCUUGUGCAGAUGUUACAGGACAAUUCUGGUUUAUUACAACUUGGCUCUUUUUACACUGUUUAAUUUCUUUCAGUGACAAAAAGAAAAACAGACCCACAAGUUAGCCAAAGACGAAACAAACACAAACAGUAAAAUUACCCAGAAUGUCCAUCACAAGUUAGAGCUGACCUUCUAGUUCAGCUUUGACCAGGCUUCCCAUUGUUUAGAUCGUCUGGCUGAGCUGUUGUCUUGUUUACAGCCUGUACGAUCGUCUGAAUUCAGAUUUCAGCAUGGUGACGUAUAUAAAACUACUAAAGAAGCUGUAAUAGACCAGAACUGUCCUUUAAACUGGAUGACCUGGGAGUCAGCAGGGUGAUAGCUGGGACUGUGUUGUACCAGAUUAUUGUUCUGCUUUUGCUUCUUUAUUACCAGCUGUUUUCUCCCAGGUGGCUUUAACUUGCAUGUCUUCACAAAGCCGGUCUGUGAAUAAACACCUUCACUUCCUGCCCUGGUCGCUAUGCCAGAGAGGUCUGUCUGUCUGUGAUAUGUUAUGUUUUUUCCCCUCAGUGCUUUGUGAUGGCA